AUGAUGCACUUUUUGCAGCAGAAUUUUGAGUCAUUCGACUCUCGAGAGAGCAUUGAUGAGGAUAAUGGAAGCCGAAAAAAGCCAAGGGCACGCCGGAAUUCUAUUCCUGAACUCGUGGGAGAAGCCAAAAAGUUCAUGUUUGGCAGUCUGGCAAAGCGUCUAGAAAAGGCAGCCGAGUCAAAGGGAGCUUUGAAAGAUAGGCGAGGGACUCUUAAAAACUUGCAGGUAACUACUUCUUCUCAUUUUGGUAUUUGCAUUGUAUUUUAUUUUGUAUCUGAGAUGCCCACUUAUGAGCUGCCCGACUUGGAGGAAAAUUUGGAUGAAGCCAGUGAUUCACCACAAGAACGAAGACAUUCCGUAGAUACACCAAUGACAAAUAAUCCUGGUAACCUUUGCUUUGAAAAGUCAAAACUUCCAAAAACUCAAACACGUAUACCAAUAUUCCAGCCAGUGAUGUCAUGGGCCUACAUGCGACGUCGCCUUCUAUGGAGUUUCAUCAUUUCGAACCGACUCCAGACUUACAUCAAUGGUGGACGGAUCUCUUCGAAUGAUAACUAG